CAGGGAAGGGCAUCAGCUGGGACCUGAGUGUACACUGGCUUUACCUGGUACUGUCUAUUGUGAUGUCAUGGAAUCUCAGUCUAGAGACAGACACUCUGUAGUUGAGAGGGGCAUAGGCUUGAGAAAUGUCCCUAAUAUGGGGGCUCGCUUUCCCCCUGCCGACACAUCUCAGCCUUACGCUACUCGGUUUCUUUGUUUAUGGAAUAUGGGUGUUGUUUUCUUGGUAUCAGAGCCAGACAAAGGUGGCAGCCAAGACAGAGACUUCCAAGCAACAAAACAGAUCUCUAAAACAGAUCCGGAAACUCAGAGUUUCACGGUUGGAAGAAACAGAGAUGAACGUCAGUGUAGCUGAUCUGACACGUAUUUCAGGACUUCCUACUGACUGGACCCAGGAAUAUGUAUUCUGGUCAAUAGACAGGAGUCUUCGACAGAUCUUCCAACAUCUGGAUAAUGCAAGAUCAACACUUAUGGAGCUGAAUGUUUCAGAAUCCCAAGAUGUGACUUCUUCCUCCAUCUCUGACAUUGUGGUUCAGGAGAUUGUCCCACCCAGCUGUUACUGUAAAAAGGGAAAGACUUCAACUGACUACAGCAUGUCCUCUGCAUCAUCCAACAACAGCUCGAGCCUGUCUUAUCUUCCCAUGUUUCCUGAAGGGACAGCUUGGCAAUUCCAGAGCGAUAGUGGACCUGUUUCCUCCCAAAAGGAAGCAUCUAUGCCCAGGAGCCCUGGCACAUCCCUGCCUACUUCUCAGCUGACAGAUCCUGAGAAAUCGGAUCUCUCUCCGAAUUUGGCAGUUCUUCGUCCCUUCCAAGCUCAAACUUCCUUUAUUAGCUCUAUUUUAGAAUCCUUAGAUCCUUGCGAACAAGAGAAAACAAAAGAUAAGGGAAAGACUCAUUGUCAAUCAAAUCGUGGGUCAGAUUCUGAUUUGGAUGAGAGUCCAGGACCCCUAGUAUGGGCUCCACUCCAGCUCUCUCCUUUGAUCAGAGGAGAACUGGAAGGACAUAUGCCUCAGAAGGUUUCUACUUUGGGACAACAAGUGAUGCCUCUGCCUGUGGAGAAAUCCUGGAACAUACUCAAUCAUUUCAUGGAUGUACAAGGAGUCCCUGAAGAAGAGCUCCCGAAAACUCAGUUACCUACACUCAUCCCUGAGAGUGUUGAGCAAAAUACCAACACAUCUCCAGAUCCUCCAUCAUUUCAUCUCCACAUGAACAUUGGGGUGAAUUCUGAAGUCCAUAGGACGGAAGCAAUCAUUUCACAGCCAUUUCCCUCAAACAGGCAGUCACAACCCGAGGAUGACCGCCAAGAGCUUAGAUAGAAUCCUUUAGUUAUAUCAACGGGCACACCAUCUCCCAGAAAUUUAGGAGUUAACAUAAUUCAGGAAGAACAAGCUUUAGUGAAAAAGGAUUCAAAGCAUGUGUUAGAGCUGAAUAUAGAGCAGAGGGUCAUAGGUCUUCCAGAAAAAAAGGCUACAGACACAUAAGGCGCAGCUAACUAAUGUGGAGCUGACACCCAAGAUACCACGUUCUGCCACUGACAGAAUAAAGGUCACUCCAUUGGCAUUGCUUCAGGUUAUGGACUUAAUGGCAAUAACCCCAGAAUCACAGUCGGAGCUGAUAGACUCUGUGGGGUUUUCCCCAGAGCCGCCAAAUCAAGCAGAAACAGUGAGUGUAACUCCUCAGCCAUUGAAACUAGUAAUUGAACCAAUAAAAGUAACCCAUCUUCAGCAUCAAACCACGAAAUUAAGGAGCAUGGCCUCAAGACUGAGUCAAGUCACAGAUGACCUGGAGGUAACUCCUGUGGCAUUGUUUCACGUCAUGGAUUCCAUGGAGAUGAUUGACAAAUUAAGUCCACAUGGCAUAGAACCAGUAGGAGUAGCCCCACAGCCACAAUACCAAGUCAUGGAAUCAGUGAAGAUGGAUACAUUGCAUAACUAUCAAGCCAUAAGACCAGGAAGUAUGAGUACACCACUACAAAUUGUAGAGCCUCAAACCAAAGAGUCUCUGCAAUUGACUUCUGGGUUACAGGGUCAAGUUGAAGACUCCGUGGGGACUAUGCCACAACCUCAAGGCACAGAGUGUGUGUCACUGACUCCAAAGUCACAUCAUCAAAUAAUGGAAUCCAGGAAAACAAUCCCAGCACCACCAGAUCAAGGUGCAGUACCUAUAGGAAGGGGCCAAAAGCAUCAAGUUCCAGAAGCUGAAGUAGUGCCAGUCAUACCACUGCUACAGGAAAUGGAAUAUUUGGG